AUGAAAUUGUUUAAGAUAAUAUUCUUAUUAAUUUCAAUAAUUUAUUUAAUUGAAAAUAGUUAUGCAAAUACCUUGUUUAAAGAUCAAAAUAAUGCUGCUAUUGAAAUUAUAAAACAUAUUUAUGGUGGAGAAGAUAUAAUUAAUCCAUGCAAUUAUAAACCUGAUCCAGACACUCCUCCAAUCUUUGUUUGUAGAGCUUCAAUUGAAAGUGAAUCACUUAGUGAAUUAACAGUAAAAUCAAUUUCAAUCAUUGUUUUUAACGAGAAUCCAAAUAGUCAAAUCAUAGAAAUUUCAAAUGAUUUAACCAUUUUCAAAGAUGUCCAAUCCAUAGAUAUUCAAGGUGUAUCAAUUCCAUCCGAAACAAUCAAUAAUUUAUAUAAAUUAGAAAGUUUAAAGGAUGCGGUAUUUUUUAAACAUUCAGAUUUUCCAUUAAUUGAUGAUGAUUUGAUUUUACCAAAAAAAAUAGAAUCAUUAGGGUUUACAUUUUUUGGUGGGUUGGUUGGUAGAGGAUUUUUUGAAUCUCCAACAUUGAGAGUAUUAGAAAUUGUAAUACCAUCUGAUGGUUAUAGAAUCACCACUGAUGAAAUACCAUUCAAUGAUCAAUUACAAUCUUUAAAAUUACCAUUGACUGCAAGUAGUUCAAAUCAAGCUGGUGUUACUGGAAUUCAUGAAAAUUUAAUUUCAAAUUUAAGAGAAUUAAUUCAAUUAAAGUUAAUGAUUUUUAAUCAUUUUGAUGGAAAAAGAUUUGAAAAUCCAAUUUCAUUUCCAAAAUAUAAUUCAAAAUUAAUUUCAUUGGAGCUUUAUUUCCAAGAUUCCGUAGCAAUACCAUUCCAAGAUAAAAUUGUAAACUCUAAUGAUAUUCAAUUCUUUAAUCUUCCAUCAAUUAAUAAAGAUAUUAAAUAUUUAACAAUUUCUGGAAAUGGUUUAUAUUUAGAUAAAACUAUUGGUUUCACUGAUUUAUCUAAUGCAAAUGAUGGUUUAGAAAUUGCAAUUGAAGGAAAUUGUAAAUUUAUUACAGAUUGUAUUGGAAGACCAUGUAUUAAAUUCCCAUUACAAACAAAAUUGAGUUUAUUUGAUACAGAGGUUGACUUGCAAAAAAUUGAUUUGUCAAAUAUUUCAUCGUUAUCAGUUCUUGGAAAUGCCCAACCACAACCAUAUCCUUCUGAUAUUAAUGUCAAGUCAUUAGAAAAGAUAGAAAUAAGAGACUCAAGUUUUUAUGGAAAUAUCCCAAAAUCCUACCAAAAAAUAGAUAGGAACGCUUUGGUAUAUAUUGAAUAA